AUCUGUUCCAACAUUUGCCUUAAUAUACGGAUGAUGCGAAUUAUAUAUGGCGCGAAAAUGUGAAAUCGGAUACAUAUUACUUAAAUGCAGCUCUGCCUAUCCCGUAGAGAAUCUUUGGCAAAUGAAUAAUACAUUGCAAACACUAUGGGGUGCCUGAAGAAAACACACACGAAUACUUGCCUUUCCGAAUAUAUUUGUCAGUUUUCGAAAGACAAUAUUCCAAAUAUGAACUUAAAAAAAUAUUUGUGUUUAAUUUAUCAUCUUUAAGACUUAGUCGAUACAAAAUUGACAUUAAACACCAUGAUCUCUGGACGGACAUUGUCUAAGACGGGCCUCAUUCUAGCGGUUUUCUCGCUGGUCCUACAAAUGCUUGGUUUCUCUUGUCCCGGCUGGCUUAUAGUAGACAUUGACCUGCAAGUUCUUUCUGCCACCGGGAACGGAGGUAUAGUGGGGUUUGGUCGGAUUGUUUCAGGAAGUGGACUAUGGUUUGUCCGUGUGUGCGUGCAUGGAACCGGGAACCUCGUGGCCACGUGUUCUACAGACAGUGAACAUGACACUUGGCAGAUGGGAUUUCGGCUGCAUCAAGCCUUCACUGGUUUGCAGUCGCUAGACUGGUUGGAGGUUCAGAUCGAGCUAACCUUGGCACUGUUCUUCUGCACUGUUGCUGUCCUCUUGGUGGCCUUUAGCUUGUGUAGAGGGUUCGAUCUCCCACUCAGACCUUCCUCAGCUAUCGCCGCUGUAUUGUCCCUCAUAUCAGUUGCACUCAUUCUACCGGUGAUAAUUAAGGUAGUCCUAGUGGUGCGUGAUGCUAAAGAGGCUUCUAAAGAUCUGAAAAACAACAAUGGAGAAAGUUUGGUGUCGGUUGAGGAUCCUUGGGCGCUUGUGCUCUCCGCUUGUGGUAUGUUCUUAGCAUUUGUGGCAAGUAUUGUUCUGGCUAUUUCUGCUGUGCUUAAAGAUGAGCGGAAGAAACCCACUGUCUCUCCUCUCAGUAUUUUAACACCCGCUAUACUGAGAAUGGGCAACUUCCCUGCAAGAAUAUCAACGAAGGACUUAACUGGUCAUCUUCCACCAUCGGCAAUAAUAGUUGAUCAGAUUGACAAUGAAAAUGACGGUCAACCAGCAAUUGGAAGGCAAGACACGGAGGUACUGGCUUUCCGAACAGGAAGGAUGCUUAGAGAAACGACUGAAUACGAGUUUUACCCGCCCCCUUUUGGACAGCCAACUGGAUCGACUGAACAUUUGGAGGAUACAACUAUUAUCAAUUCGAGACCGCCUUCUUAUGAACGAUUCAAAAGUGAUCUGAGUAUAAUUACUGGAAAUGGUAAAUAUGAGAGAGAGAUAGAAGACUUUUUAUCCCAAAAGAAUGUGACUUUAAAAAGGGAUAAUAGGGCAAAGAAUAUUAAGACUGAUGUAUCAAAUGAUAUCAAGGAAAGACAUACCACAAAUAAUGUUGACAUACCCGUUAAACCACUGAGAGUUAACAGACCAAGCCCAGCUAAUAUUCUGAAAGGAACUUACCAAGAUGGACAUGUACAGAAUUUGAAGAAUUCAUUCCAAAAAACGAGGACUGACAAAAUGAAUAAUCGCAACAAAGAGGAGACGCAACUGAAAGGUGGAAAUGAAGAAGAUGUUAAAGGAGAAGAUAUAGCAGGUAAAAACAGUAAACUGUCCGCUGAGUCUUCGAAAGAAUCAACUGUAGAGGUGAGAGAAGCUAAGAACAAUACCAAAAUGAACAAAGACAAUAAAGGUGAUCAUAUUGCAUCUAUUAGCACCGAUCACUCAGCUGAUAAACAAAAACAGCUCCCGUCUUCAACGGAGAACCAAAACAAUGGUAGAAAGUCUCAAACUGUUGGAAGGGUACCUGUACAAAAGAACGUCUCAACUUCUAUUGUGGCAAACAACAUUAAAGGCGACAAUGAAAAGGGCAACACAAAGGAGGUUAAAGAUAAAGUCCGUUUUGAUGCCUCCGAAAAGAAGGGCAAUGUAACAGAUGAUUUAAUGAAUGGUUUAGACAAGACAAAAGUCAACACAACGAAGAAAACUGUUGAACCGGAAAAUAAUGAACAAAAGGCAAAUAUGCAAAAGAUUGAGCCUGUAAAAGUGGACAAUGCGACAAAGACGAGCGAAACAAAAUAUGACAAAGUUAAUAUUGGCAGCAAAGGACAAACAAAGGAUAAACCAACCAAGCCAGCAAUAAAACCAUGGAAUAUUCAAAGGCGAUGAUCAGUUGGUCAAUUGCCAUAAAUCCUUGGAAUAUUUAAAUCACGUGGUCAAAUGCUAGCAAUAAAACCUUUGAACUAUUCAGAGGCGGUGAUCACGUAGCCAAUUGUUUUGAAACAUUUUAAUAUUUAAAUACAUUUUUAUCACACACUUACAACGCAAUCGGGUGAUAAUAUUUUCGCUUUGAUUACAACACAAUGCGCAUUUUCAAAUAAAGUUGCCUUAUAAUGUUUUGCAGUUUUGUCAAUGUUGCGUUUUUUUGUUUUGCAGUUUUGUAAAUGUUGCGCCUUUUUAUUUUCAAAUUUUCUGCACGUAGAUUCGUGGUUAAAGGUAUUGAACUAUUUCCCAGAGCUUUAUACAUGUAUAAAAAGUAAGUUAAAAAUAUCAAGUUCAAGUCAAAGGCGGCAUAUAAAUGUUUUCUUAAGUUUACAGUACAAUGUC